AUGCGUGGAAGACGUGCUGGGGCUCACAAGAUUCGUCGUAUUGAUACCCGUAUCUCAAAUCGACAUGUCCCUGUUUUGACAAAAACAAAAGGGACCGCAGACCAUCGGAAUCUUGUUCAAGUUGGUAGAGACCUCAAACCAUGUCGGGUAAGCUACAAUCUACCACAUUUCUUCAUGAGUAACCUGAGGUCCAUGACCAAUAAGUUUGAUGAGCUUGAGGUAUUUCUUAGGGAUAAUGACAUUGAUGUGUGUGCUGUGACUGAAUCAUGGUUGACAUCAGAUACUGUGGAAUAUUUGUCAGUCCAAGGAUACUCACAUUUCUCAAAAUGUCGCACCAGACGGAGAGGGGGAGGGGUAUCUUUGAUUAUAAAAGAUGAACUUAACCCUUCUCCUGUUAUAGGCAUUGCUGUUCCUGAUGAACUUGAAAUCACCUGGGUGCAAAUACGUCCCCGUCGCCUCCCGCGGGAAAUAUCCAGUAUCUACAUAGCUGUCGUGUAUUCUCCUCCAAAUAGUGGAACUGAUGAACAAUUAAUCGAUCACAUCGUCCAGUCAGUUGAUAAUCUGCGAUCGAUUCAUCCGUCAUGUGGUUUGAUUGUUCUCGGUGACUUCAACCAGUUGAAUACAGAUGAUAUUUGUGUCAACUGUUCGCUUCGACAGGUUGUUGAUAAGCCCACAAGACUCGACGCAAUCCUGGAUAAGAUCUUAACCAAUCUUAGUGACUACUAUCGGGAAGUUGUCGUUACGUCUCCUCUCGGGAGUAGCGACCAUAACGUGGUAACAUGGAUCCCAAAAGACGUAUUUCCCCGAAAGCCGAACGUGACUAGAAAACGCAUCUUACGACCUAUCCGGGACUCGGAUGCAAGAUGUUUUGGAAGGUGGAUCUCGGACCAGUCUUGGUCGAAUGUCCAUGACGCCCCAGAUACUCAAGCUAAAUGUGAUGAAUUUUAUUCCAUCCUUCAGCAAGGCCUUGAGACAUUCUUUCCCCUGAAGACAGUUCGAGUUCAUCCAAGGGACAAACCGUGGAUAACCCCUGAAGUGAAAUCGCUGAUUAAUAAACGACAACGUCUCUUUGUCAAUGGGCCGCCGAGUGAAUGGAGAGCAUGUCGCAAUAAAAUCUGCCGAUCUAUUCGUCGGGCAAAACAGGAGUUUUAUCAUGACCCAGUUGCUAAACUGAAAAAUGAUGAUCCUGCGUCAUGGUAUAAACACAUAAAGCUCAUGACAUCGCAUCACCGAUCCGACGAGUCGAUCUUUGUUCCUGAAGUUGACCAGUCACAGUUUGAUGUUGUAGCUGAAUAUAUCAAUGCGCACUUCACCGAUGUCUCUAGUGGUAUACCACCCUUGGACCCGUCCAAACUUCCAUCACGCGGAAUACCCUAUAAACCUCUUCCAAGAGUUGAACCAUGGGACGUAAUGCGAGAACUGCAGAAAGUGACCCCAGGAAAGUCUUCGGGACCGGAUGGAAUCUCUGCAAGACUUAUCAAAAUGUUCGCAACGGAACUGAGUUCCCCACUUAGUCACAUUCUGAACUGUUCUUAUUCUGAGUGUAUUGUCCCAAUUCAGUGGAAGCAAGCAAUUGUAGUCUCAAUUUCCAAAAGAGAAACCUGCCAGAUUUGA